AUGGGAGGUUCUCUAUGCAAGUUGUGCUCAUCGGAUGGCGUCCAGGGCGCAGGUUCGGUUCUCGACAGGGUCAUCUCUCAACCUGAUAGCGAGGCUCACACCGUGCUCUACAAACUUGCCGAUUAUAAAAAAGGCGGUCUACUAAUAGAGACCUAUGCCAGAGGUGGUAUGGCGGCAGCAGAACGGUUAAUCCGAGAAGAAUUCUCCGCGUAUAUGUACGCGGGAGGCCGUGGCAGAGUUAUUAAUCGUGCUGAGUACCUGAGAUGGAAGUAUAGAGAUCAAGAACAGGUAGUUCUACCAAUAGAAGCGUCACUUUCUCCGCAUGAUCCUCUAGCUAAGUGGGAAGACCACACGGCAUGUUGGCAAAUGUGUUAUCGUGGCGCACUUGGUGAAUCCUUACUUCACGUACUCAUAAUUUGCGAUACAAAGAUUCACACAAGGCUAGCAAGAACCUUGGUCAAAUGCUUUCCAAAGCUAUCGUUGGAUGUGGUGGAAGGUGAAGAAUAUUUAGGAGCCAGUUCUUUGCAUUUAGCGAUUGCGUACAGCAAUAAUGAGCUAGCACAAGACUUGGUAGAGGCUGGAGCUAAUGUUCAUCAAAGAGCUAUCGGAAGUUUCUUUUUACCCCGAGAUCAACAACAAGUUCCGCCCGCUAGGCAGACGACCUAUGAAGGUCUUGCUUACCUUGGUGAAUAUCCACUGGCUUGGGCAGCCUGUUGCGCCAAUGAGGCGGUUUAUAACUUACUCUUAGAUAGUGACGCUGAUCCAGAUGCACAGGAUUCCUUUGGAAAUAUGAUAUUGCAUAUGGUUGUCGUUUGUGAUAAAUUGGACAUGUUCGGUUACGCACUACGCCAUCCAAAGGUUCCAGCCAGCAAUGGUAGGAUGAACAAAGCAGGCUUUACACCACUUACUCUUGCGUGUCAGCUUGGCCGAGAUUCAGUCUUCAGGGAGAUGUUAGAGUUAUCGGCCAGGGAGUUCUGGAGAUAUUCGAAUAUCACCUGUUCUGCAUACCCGUUAAAUGCUCUCGAUACCUUGUUACCUGAUGGGAGGACCAACUGGAAUUCAGCAUUAUUUAUUAUAUUGAAUGGUACAAAACAAGAACAUUUGAACAUGUUGGAUGGUGGUAUCAUUCAAAGACUGUUGGAAGAAAAGUGGAAGACUUUUGCUAGAAACAAAUUUCUAAAACGCCUCAUGAUACUGAUGCUCCACCUGCUACUGCUGUCUGUCUCUGUAUAUCUAAGACACAACCGCGCGGAAACCGACGAAAAUGCAGACUGGGGUCUUGAGAUUUCUGAUGUUAGCAGCGGCAUACGGCUAGGAUGUGAAUUAGGGACAAUAAUUAGCACAUUGUGCUAUAUUAUUUUGCAGCAAGGCGAUGAAAUUAAAAAUCAAGGUUUGAUUGCUUACUUUAAGCAAUUGAUUCACGAACCAGCCAAGUUCAUAUUUCUAAUGUCAAAUUUCUUGCUACUGGCUUGCAUACCGGCUCGUUUGAGCAGACAAAUGCUGCUCGAGGAAGCCAUGCUACUCUUCCUCCUACCUGGAUCGUGGUUUCUGCUUAUGUUUUUUGCUGGGGCCGUGAAGCUGACGGGACCUUUCGUGACCAUGAUCUACAGCAUGAUCACGGGUGACAUGUUUACAUUCGGCAUUAUUUAUUGCAUUGUACUAUUUGGAUUCUCACAGUCUUUCUUCUUUCUAUAUCGAGGUUUUCCAAAUGUGGAGUCUACGCUGUUCUCUAGUUAUCCUAGUACUUGGAUGGCUCUAUUUCAAAUUACUUUAGGGGAUUACAGUUACAGCGACUUAGGCAGCACCUCGUAUGCAAACCUGGCGAAGACAGUUUUCGCAUUAUUCAUGGUCUUCGUGCCGAUUCUACUACUCAAUAUGUUAAUUGCUAUGAUGGGCAAUACGUACGCCCAUGUCAUAGAGCAAUCAGAAAAAGAGUGGGUCAAGCAGUGGGCCAAGAUAGUAGUGUCGCUAGAAAGAUCAGUGGCCCAAGAAGAUGCUCACAGGUACCUCCAGGAGUACUCCAUAGGGCUGGGUCCUUCUGACGACCCGCGGUACGAACAAAGAGCUGUAAUGGUUAUCAAAAGCAAAGCCAAGACAAGGGCGCGGCAGAGAAAGGGCGCUCUUACUAAUUGGAAGCGUGUCGGAAAAGUAACUAUAGCCGAGUUAAGAAGAAGAGGUAUUACCGGCGAGGAUUUGCGUAGACUUAUGUGGGGUCGUGUUUCGAUUUCUUCACCUACAAAAGCUCCCUUGGUUCGGGCGCCGCCUCCGGACGUAACUUCAGCAGGGUUGGGGGGUGCCCCUGGUGAUGGAGUGGGCUCAGCCUUAACAUCAGCAUUCAACGUCAUGGCGAUCACCGAGCUGGAUUUCGCACCCGGAACUAUAGUUUCAGAUACAACAGUUCAUAAACAUCCAACUCCUGAUCUCCUAGUCAACGGCACAGCAAGAACAGGACCGACUCAAAUGACACAAGCAUCUACAACCGGGACUCCGGGACUCGUAGGUCUCGGGGCUCGAAGACCAGGAAUGACUGUGUCACAGCCGGGAAUGGUUGUGCCACAAACAGGACUGACUGUGCCACAAACAGGAUUGACUGUGCCGCAAACAGGAAUUAUUACUUCACAACAAGGCACGACGCCAGGAGUAACUACCACGGGAACUCAGGGAAGUUUAGCUCCAGGAGUCCAAAGACCAGGAAUGACUCCUAACAUGGGACAAAUGCCUGGCAUUACCGUAUCGCAACCAGGAACUGUAGUGGGAAUGACUGGUGUCCCAGCUAUGGGCAUGGCAGGGACUCCUGGCGUAAGAAUGGGUACCCCAGGGUUACAAGCGCAAGCUGGUACAGGAGUUGGAAUGAUUCAAACUAACAUAGGAGUGACUGGAUUGUCCGCUACCGCUGUGGGUGUGCCAGGGAGACCUACCAUAGGUGCACAAGGGGUACCUGUCACGGGGUUGCAAGGGGUAUCUCCUACGGGAAUGCAAGGGUUAUCACCUAUGGGAAUGCAAGGUUUAUCACCAAUGGCACUGCAAGGAGUUCACCCUGCUAUGAUAUACGAUGCAUCCCUUGCUGGAACUCAAAGUCAAUUUCUUGGAAUUGGUAUGGGCAUUGUUGAAAUGCCGCCAGCAGUACCACCCCCUUGUGACGAAGUAUUCAGAGACUACUUCUUUGAGCUAGUAAUCCUAGUGGAAACGGGCAGUGCUAAAGAAUCUGACAUUCGGGAUCUGGCAGAACAGGCUGCUAAUUUGGACAAUGUACCAGAGAUUGAUAUUAAUGUUAGCAUGGCAGCAAAGUCAGCCCGUAAGGUAGUAGCGGGGGCGGUGUCCGGUCUGUUCGGUGUGGCUGCCGAUGCACCCGCCGCCGAUUCCGGAUGGAGGCGCGAACGGCAGGACCAUAGCGAUAGUGAUCCUAUAUCAGAGUCCGUGUUGCUGGGCCGAGCGUCACGAGCCAGAAGAGCUCGGUCGGCGUCCCGCCGCGCUGCACCUCCCCCGCCACAUCUAUACGUACCAGCAAGAUCCAUGUAUUUAGUGGCAUCAGAAAGCAGUGCAGUAGAGAGCGACGCUCCUUGGGAUGAACAGCCUAGUUCUGAGAACUCAGCUGUAGGUGGUCGCAAAGACGAUACGGCUAGAAUUCGAGCUGUAAGACCAUUGUGCAUUAUGACUGCCACCGGUCAUGCGCCGGCUGCACCCGUGCAGCAUUCCGUUUUCGUCGUUGGAGCAGGCAGCGGAGCUGAAGUGGAAGGGGCAUGCAAAGUGGUGAAGCAUGAGAAGAAACGAUCGCGACCCAAGACUGCCCGGCCCAGACGGAAUAGAAUAUCUCCGAUCCCCGAGCCGGGUAGCCCCCUCGAGCCGUGGGCGACAGCGUCACUAUCGCAGUUAUCCCGCCUUAUCCGUUCCUCAAGCGCGUCCACCGCCUCGCUUCCUUCACGUUCUUCGCAGGAGUCUUCGCCAGCCAAGAGAUAUUAAAUUAGCUGAGCUCACUAGCUAAUGAGAACGAACAUGUAAACUCAAAUUGAACUGGGGUGAAACGGACCUUAUGGGUGAAUAGGGAUAAUUUUUUUCAAAAUAAACAUGGCUACUCUGAAUAACACAUUUCUGAAAUUGCAAACUUGAAUUAAACACAUUAUUGCGUUGCAUCCCUGUUCACUCGAAGAGAUCCGCCAGUUUACAAUCUGCAUACUAAAUCUACGGUCUUUUCAAACUGAAAUUUAUCAUUUAUGACCUACG